AUGUUUAAAUCGAUAGUGUCAACGGGCGGUACGGCCAGUGAAUUGCGCUAUCGUGCUGCAAGCGAACGGGAUUAUGGUGCGCUACUCUGCCGCGCUACUAAUGCAGUCGGCCGCCAGAAGCGACCGUGCGUCUUCCAAGUGGUGCCUGCUGCGCGGCCCUCACCUCCUCGCAACUGCACUGCCAGCAGACUCCUCAAGAACAACGAAGCGUUCCUCUCAGUGCGGUGCAUAGCGGGCUACGAUGGAGGCCUGAACCAGCACUUCACUCUGGACGCGUUGGGAGAGACCGGGAGAGUGUUGGUCAACAACUCUGCUCAGUUUACAGACCUAGUAGUAUGGCUGAACGUGAGCUGGUCAAUGCUGGAAGCAAUAGCCGAAGACGAGGUACUGGCCGUCACGGCUCGCAACAGCAAGGGUUCGUCGGAGCCGGUGCUGCUGAGGGAUUUGGUCUUCAGGGACGCUGCUAAAAGGACUGAAAGCACCACGCUCGCUGGCAGCAAGUUCCCCGCAGCGGCAGCGUUGGCUGGCGUCGCCGCCAUGCUGACGGCGGCUGGGGCCAUAAUCGCCCUGGUGCUGAGAAGGUUAGGGAAUUAA